AUGGUAGAUGAAGAAGAGCGAUUGUUGCAAAUAGCGAACGUGGGUAGGAUAAUGAAACAAAUACUGCCAGCAAGGGCAAAGGUCUCAAAAGAGGCCAAACAAACAAUGCAAGAGUGUGCAACGGAGUUUAUAAGCUUUGUAACUGGCGAGGCGUCUGACAAGUGUCGCAAAGAGAAUCGAAAGACCGUCAAUGGAGAUGACAUCUGUUGGGCGCUGGGUGCUCUAGGGUUUGACGACUACGCUGAUGCUAUUGUCAGGUACUUGCAUAAAUAUCGGGAGCUUGAACGAGACAAAGCUACCCUAAACAAAGCUUCCUGCAGCAGAACCUCUCGAGACAAAGAUGAAGAAGAAGAACAUUCAUCGGAAGAAAAAAGUGACCAUCAACCUCAUCAACAAACUCAAGCUCCAACUCCAAGUGCUAGAACUUAG